AUGCCGUCCGCCUGGCCGGCGCAAACGCUGACCGACGCGCAGACCGACGCUCUGGCGACGGCAAUCAAUGAAACCGUGAUCGCGUCGGGGAUCAGUGGCGUGAAAGUGGGCAAGAUCGCGCCGAAACCAGCGCCGACGACGACCACAACAACCACGACCUCCACGACGACAACCACUCUGGGUCUCGCGUACCGGGAAUUUGAUCUGGAUUUCACGGUGAAUUCGACCAUUAUCAGCAACAAAACUUCUCUGCUGACCAACCAGCCGCUGUUAGAUGCCAUCCUUGCUGGGUCGCUUUCCUUCAUGAAGGGCAAUGGAUUUGUGAACACGUCUGGUCUCGCCACCGUGUCGCACGAAACCAUCACGCUGCACCCGGACAACAACGCCACGGGCGACUACUUGAAGACGAUUUCGAAGUUCGAAAUUCGCGGGGACAACGACACGAUGACGAGCCUCCCUUCUGCCUGGCCGGCGGCGACGUUGACGGAUGCGCAGGUGGACGAGUUGCAGAUGGCGAUCAACACGAGCAUGUUGUCCGCCAACAUCCCCGGCGUGAAAUUGGG